AUGUUGUCGGUAGCCCAAUUGGAUCUCCCGUUUCGGCUCUGGUCAACCGUCAGUCCCUCUAUCACAUCGACCUCUGCUCAUCCAUUGGCCACCAACUCCCCCUGGGAGUUGCGUGCUGCGGUCAUGCCAGCUAAAAUAACGGAUGAGGUCUACUUUUGGAUCGAUGGUGAUGACGCCGAACUUUAUAUUGGCUCUACACGGUUCGGCCUCGAUAAUGAGAAGGAACGUCUGGUGCCCAAAGAGAUUGGUAUACCCCAGACUGGCACCAAGAAGAUCGGCCAAGUCAUCUACCCGAGCGUAAAUGUCAAAGAACAGGUCUUGCAGAUUUUAGGAAAAUGCGGGAUCAAGAUAACUCCAAAAGCACAUCCCGUUCGACUUUGUAGGGGAAAUUACUUCCAGAAUAUCAUUCGAAAAUUGGUGAAAGUCUCAGCGCUUAACUCUUUCGAAGUGAAGGAUGAGAAUGGUGGGGAUGAUUUGGAAAUGACGUUUACCAGUUUCUUGCGAAAUACAGGGUUUCUAGGAACCCCGAAGAAGAAGAAGACUCCUCUGAGGGAGCCAAAUCGUCACCACCCUUACUAG